AGAUUAAUUUAACAAAUGGUUGAAAAUAGCAUCCGUAUAAUCUAAUCUGUAAUAUACGAGGAUGGAGACUUUGUUAGGGUCUGAUCUAUCUGUUGGACCCAUGACCCUGGUAAACCAGAAGGAUAAACUGGAGGAAUCUGCUGAGCAGAAGAGGGAGGGAGAUAAACCUGUUGGACCCAUGACCCUGGUAAACCAGAAGGAUAAACUGGAGGAAUCUGCUGAGCAGAAGAGGGAGGGAGAUAAACCUGGAUCAUUAAUAGUUUCCAAUAUUCCAGCCCUACUCACCAAUAAGGGAGUAUGGAGACUGUUCUCAAAACACGGAGAGGUUAUCAGUAUGGAGUUUGAUAAAAACAGACCAGGAACUGAGAACUCAAGCAGAAGAGCUUUUAUAACCAUGUCAACCUUCAAGCAAGCCUUUGAUGUACAGAAAGUGCUUAACCGUGCUUCACCUUUGCUUCUCAAUGUGCAUUUUAAGGGAUUUAAUGGACAUUCCAACCUUCUGAGCAACACUCUUCCAGCUAAGGAUAUAUUUGGCCCUGAAGAUGAAGAAGAAGAUUGGGAUGUGACUGCUGAAAAGAACGUAAAAGAAAAGACAAAGAAAAAGAAUAUUGUAACAGAGAACGGUCUGGUUUUAGAUGAAGAUAAGUUCUUUGAAUCAGAUUCUGAGGAUGAUUUGACCCCAGUUACGGAUAUCACAAGUAAACAGGAUAAAGUUGAUCUGACUCCUGCUAAGGAUAUCACAAGUAAACAGGAUGAAGUGGAUAUGACUCCAGUUACGGAUAUCACAAGUAAACAGGAUAUAGUUGAUCUGACGCCUGCUAAGGAUAUCACAAGUAAACAGGAUGAAGUGGAUCUGACUCCAGUUACGGAUAUCACAAACAAAAAGGAUAAAGUUGAUCUGACUCCAGUUACGGAUAUCACAAACAAACAGGAUAAAGUUGAUCUGACUCCUGCUAAGGAUAUCACAAACAAACAGGAUAAAGUUGAUCUGACUCCAGUUAAGAAUAUCACAAGCAAACAGGAUAAAGUUGAUCUGACUCCAGUUACGGAUAUCACAAACAAACAGGAUAAAGUUGAUCUGACUCCAGGAAAUGAGAACACAAACAAACAAGAUACGAAAGAUAUCAUUCCAGUAAAGGAUAUCACAAUUCAUCAGAAUGAUGAUGAAUCCAACCUAACUAGAAAUUCUGAAAAAGCCAAUAAGGAAGAAUUGACACUCAAAAGACGUCCUUUGGAGAAAGAGAAUAGUACACCCACAUACACACCUGCCAACGUUAAGAGGGAAAAGUCCGGAGCAGUCGCCUUGAAAGCAAAGCAACAUAUACUGCCGAACACGGCAGAAAAAAACUUCUUAGUAAAUGAUAGGGCAGCCAUACUGAAAGAAGAAAAUCUAUUCGGAAAAACAAAGUUCUUUAUCGGCAGAACACAAGAAAAUAACAUUGAAGGCUCUACCUGUUCUAAAUCUAGUAUUGAGAAUAAAGAAACCAAAUCUACUGAACCUGAUACUGAAAAUACUUGUUCUACUGAGAUUGUCUCCACCAAAGAAUAUGGAGAUGGUCAUUCUAAUAAUUCUAAAGAAGCUGAUAACUGUAUAAAGAUUAAAAGUUGUAUUCCCAAUGUGGAUAUCCCAAAACUUAAUGAAACUAGCUCUUUAAAUCUAGAUGAAACCAGUUCACUCACUGAAUCUGGUUUUAUGAAAAGAGAUGAAUUCAGUUCAAUCACUGAAUCUGGUUCUAUGAUAAGAGGUGAAACCAGUUCACUCACUGAAUCUGAUUCUAUGAAACUAGAUGAAACCAGUUCAAUCACUGAAUCUGGUUCUAUGAUAAGAGGUGAAACCAGUUCACUCACUGAAUCUGGUUUUAAUAAAAGAGAUGAAACCAGUUCAAUCACUGAAUCUGGUUCUAUGAUAAGAGGUGAAACCAGUUCAAUUACCGAAUCAGGUUCUAUAAAACUAGAUGAAACCAGUUCACUCGCUAAAUCUGGUUUUUUGAUAAGAGAUGAAACCAGUUCAAUCACUGAAUCAGGUUCUAUGACAAGUGAAAUCAGUUCACUCACUGAAUCAGGUUCUAUGAAACUAGAAGAAACCAGUUCACUCGCUAAAUCUGGUUCUAUGACAAGAGGUGAAACUAGUUCAAUCACCGAAUCUGUUUCUAUGAAACUGGAAAAACCCAGUUCACUCGCUAAAUCUGGUUCUAAGAAACUAGAUGAAAUCAGUUCACUCACUGAAUCUGGUUCUAUGAAACUAGAUGAAACCAGUACAUUGACUGAAAUUGAGUCUAUUAAACUAGAUGAAACCAGUUCACUCACUGAAUCUGGUUCUUUGAAACUAGACGAAACCAUUUCAAACACUGAAGUUGCGAAACUAGAUAAUAUAUGUUAUUUGACUGAAGCUGGUUCCAUAAAACUAGUUGGGGGGAACUUGCUUGAGAUUGGUAACGUGAUUCAGUCGCCUAGGCCUUCUGAAAUUGGUCCGAUUGAAAUGACUGAAUCUAUUAAGCCUGAAAAGGUUUAUGCUAGAGAAACAGAAUUUUUAAGUCCUCAAAUAGAUUCCACAAAGAUGAAUGAAACAAAUGUGGAGAAUGAACCCGAUGAAUUUCCUCGUACAUAUGCUAUAGAAACUGAAAAUGAAAAUCAACGUGAAUUAUUUUUUACAGAAAAGAUGAGCCAUUCAGCAGAUAACCUACCAUUUAUCAAUCAAAAUAGUUUUCAUUCUUCUACUGAUUCUCAAGAGAUCAGUUCCUCUCCAGAUUUACCGCUCCUCAUUGACGAUUCAGAGAAUGAUUUUUAUUCUUUAUCUGAAAGUAUGGACGAGCCUGGAAGCAACCCAAACCCUGUCAAGAAUAAACCUAACCCUGAAAACGAUAUUACGCUUGUUAAAACUGAUGUUAAUGCAGUUGAAGACGCAUCAAACCUAGAAUCCUUAGACAAAGGUCAAAAUCUCCAGCUUCCUCCUGUACCAGCACCACCAAUAAAAUCUUUUCUCUUAGCCAAGGGAAGAACUGAAGUUAUGUUAAUCUCCAGCCGUAACAAUUUCCCAGAGGAAUUCUCCGUUCUACCUGUCAGCAAUGGAGUUAAUAAAAGCGAAAUCAGAAAUCUUCUUAAUCAACUAGAAGAUAAAGUGGUGAUACUAAAAAGUCCCAGAUCCAAGUCGAGUGCAGUAGUCAGACAUAGGAGCCAACUGUUCAGAGCAAACAUUAUCAAGAUCUCUCCAACAAAUGGGUCGAUAACAGUUGAUCUGGUAGAUGAAGGUGACAUAGUAACUGUAAAGUGUGAUCAAGUAUUCCGUAUACCUAUCCAGCUCUGGUCUGUACCAGCUACCAUAACCACACUCUCCCUCCAUAUACCAAAGUUUGAGUUGUGGACGGAUAAUGACACUAAAAGCUUGAUGACCUUCAUCCAGAACCAGGAUAUUACUGUGUAUGUGAGUCCAGUUAACCAGGAGAAGAAUAUCCAGCUGGUUAACCUGUACCUGGAGCAGAGAAUAUGCAAGGAUAUAUUCAAGUUCAUCAAAGAUAAAACCUUAUACACAAACACACACAAUCAGACUGAACCCAACCUUGAAGACCCUGAUCCUGAACCUGAGCAAGAACUUGAUAACUCUGAUGAACUCCAGGCUGGAGAGGGAAGUAAGAUUGAACCUGUGGAACAUGUAUCCAAUAUGGUUGGGAAUGGAAGAGGAACCUUCACCCUAUCACAUCUCCCCAGUCGAUGUAUUCCUGGUGAACUAGGACAACUCUAUACACCUAUAUCUCUGCAAUCUUCUUCUCCAGUGUCAAAACCAAAAUUUAGUUUUGACCCAACACUUUACAGUGAGGAACCACCUCUAGAAGAACCUACGCUAUCACUUCCUUUUGAGAGUCCGUAUUCGCAGCUCUCAGCUACGUUCUCAGAGAAGAAAUUAUUUCUAAACGAUAUGUUAAAAUUGAAGGUUCGAAGUGAAGAGGAGUAUCUGUUUCUUGAUUUUGGAGAAACCAGUGAUAUGAUGUAUCUGGUACCUGUUCAGAACAAUAUUGAUAGUUUAGACUUUAGCAAGCUGGAUACAGGAAUGCUGGAGAGUGGAUUGUAUCCACCAUUGAAAAGACAACCUGAAGUUGGAGAAGUUCUUGCUGCUCCCCGUAGAUACUAUAGUGGAACUAAAUACAUCAGGGUUGAAGUUCUCAAGUUGUUGAAGAACGGAGAUGUUAGAGUGAGAGGAAUUGAUUAUAAAUACAGGAAAACUGAGUUGGUUCAGAACCUGAGAUCUAUCUCUCCAGACUCCUCCCACUACCCUGUCCAGUCUAUCCUUGUCCGGUUACACCAGGUCUCCAGUAAACCUCGGAGCUUGUUUAAAUCUCUCAUAUCAGAUGUGGUGAAACAGGCGUUGGAUGAUCCUCUGAUAGCCCUUGUAACCUGUAAGGACGAAAUCCCGGUUGUAGAACUUUACUCCGAGCUAGCUGUUGAUGUUUCGCUGAACCUAAUCAUCGAGGAAGACAUUAACAUAUCCUGGUGCUCCUUAUCAUCCCAGGAUAAAUCCAAGCUGCUGUCUAUUAACGAAGAUAAAGAUGAUACUGAAGACUUUGACCCGAUCAGGGCCAGGUUCAAGCAACUGGAGUUUGCGGAAAAUACAAGGAAUGAUUCAGGAUACCGAGGGUCCGUACCUAAACCUGUCCUUAGUUUACCUGGGGAUGAAGAGAGGGAAGACUACCUGGAGGUAGUCAAGAAAUUUUUCUCUCAGAAUGAAGACCGGUUUGGUCAGCUCACGGUUGGAGAAGAGAUUAAAGUAGUAAUCCUCCGUAGUGAGAGCCCUGAGUUUGUGACAGUUCUACCUCAGAGUAAGAUAGUUGAGAUGCAGGAUAUGAUUGUUAAAUAUGGGAAGCUAGCGAGCCGCAGAAAAUUCAUCUCUGAAAAACCGGUGAUUGGUCAGGUUUAUCUGGCCAGGUCUAACUCUGAUAAUGAAUGGUACAGAGUUUUAGUUGUAGCCAGAUAUAAGAACAUGCAAGUGAAAGUGUUUGGUCUUGAUUUCGGAUUUUUCGAGAAAGUUCCAGCUUCUUGUCUGAAAGAGUACACUCCUAGUAGUUCAACCUUGUACUCAGCUAUACUCUGUGAAAUAGAGAAUUGGGACGAGGAUGUUCCUGAGGUUUGGGAUACACGGUUUAAGGAAGUACAAGAAAAUGGAGAGUUAAAACAGCUUGAGUAUACAGGAGAUCCCUGCCAGCUGGUCGAAGGAGUGGAUGCACAGAAAUUGAAACUGUCCAGGAGAAGAGAAAUACGGCGAAUCCUUCGUGAUUACGAGCCAAGGGAGGUCAAGGUUGUUCGAAGAAUUGGAGCCAUCUUUGUUCUUAAUAUCUAGUCCUCGACUACUAUAUAUUUCACAAUCCCUUAUAUAAAUAUGUUUUUUUCAUUUUUUUGGUUAUGAAUAGUCUAGAAUCUAGAAUGUAAAUAAGUGUAUGUAAGAAAGAUUGAAGAUCGAUUCUAGAAAUUGUAAAUUUGUUGAAAAUAUGAUUUAUUUUUUAAUGAUCUAAAAUUUGUUUUCAG